AUGGAGAAGGUCAUCAACCAUGACCCCAUAGGUCUCUCCGGAAGGAAGACCAAGGGACUUCUCUCAGACCCCAGAUUAACAUGGGAAUUGGAAAGUUGUUUAUGUGCCAUGGUAAACCAUAUGGAAUCCAAAGUUCUUGUAGAUGAAAAGAGAGAGAAAUGGAUAAAGCACUAUAGCAGUUCUCACAAUAUUUUGCUAGUCGGUGAGGGAGACUUCUCCUUUGCCGCAAGCUUAGCAGAAGCAUUUGGAUCUGCGUCAAAUAUGGUUGCCACCUCUCUUGACUCUAAAGUGGCGAACCUGAAGAAACUGGAGGAUUAUGGGUGCACCAUUGUGCAUGAAGUGGAUGCCAACACCAUGAGCCAACAUCCUCUUCUCAAAGUGAAAGCAUUUGACAGAAUUGUAUUUAAUUUUCCUCAUGCUGGUUUAAAUUACUUCAUGUGUGAACACAGCAUGGUCCAAAUUGAGCUUCAUCAGAAUGUUGUUAAGGGAUUUUUGAUGAAUGCACGUGAUAUGUUAACAGAGAAUGGUCAAGUGCACGUGACUCAUAAGACAUCGUACCCGUUUACUUUGUGGGAAAUAACAAAACUAGCAGAGGAGGGUGGGUUGCAGUUGGUGGAAGAAGUGCCUUUCACCAAAUGGGAUUAUCCAGGGUACCAUAAUAAAAGAGCAUAUGGGUAUAAAAAGCAACAGGGCAUUCCCUGUCGGAGAAUGCAGUACUUUCAAAUUUGCCAAAGCCAUAAUGUCCACCAAUCUUUCUAUGGCUUAGUUAUUCUAAUCAAUAUCGCUUAA